AUGAACGGCGUGAUCGACGGCUCGGACGUGGACAUCAACAGGAGCGAGGACGGCAACAUAGUCAGCGACACGCCCGAGGUCUUGUUCGUGAGCGACGACACCGUACUCAAUCACACGAGCAUCUCCGAGUGCAAGGCGUGGCUCACGCCCGUCAACUUCAACAUCCCGCCGACCGGCCACAUAUCCUCGAACGUCGACAGGAUGGUCCUCUACGUCCAAAACCAGGACAAGCACAGGCCGAUGGAGGGCGUCAUGCACUUCAUGAUCGUGAUCACGGUUUUGGACGCGGUGCUGACCGUCCGACGGGGUCGAGUCGAUGCCCGUGACCUCGGUCGGGACCACAUCCGAGUUCCUGGCCUUGUACACGACGACAUGAAAACAACCGUCGCGUCACCCUUGACCGGCGUCAGGGACAUGGCCUGCCUCAUCAUCUGCACGCCCACCCCGAGCCGGGGGUCAGUAGCGCCCUGCCUGUUCAUGGAGAGCCUCUUGCGCAGGGAUGGGAACCUGUCCACGCACACGCACCUGUCGCAGAACGCGUGCAUCUUCCCGUUCCGGUGGUGA